AAUUGGUGUUUGUUUUCGGGACGACACUACUUUCCAACGCCGGGAAAUAUCUCGAUUGACAGUCCGACCAUGUUUUGAUAGACUACUUGCGCAGUCCUUCUGCGCGUCGAAUCAUUCUCCGCUGCGGACAUAUUCAAAUGGACAACCAAAUGUAUCAGCCGCAGUCAAACGUACCAGAAGCCGGCAAUCGACCUCAAGAUGAAGAAUCUCAAGGAUUCGAUUUCCCGGUCAUUCUUUUAGCUCAGACUUCACUCACGUGGCCAGAGAAAUCGCUGACCAAAUUAUUGGGUACCCUUCGUGAGAACGCGUUCUUUGUUUUGGAACUUGGCUUGACUAAUUCUGGUCGACCAACGUCGCUGGAUUUCCAGUUAGAUCCAGUUUUUGUUUUUGUCGAAGACCGUUUCAUCGUGGCGGCCAUGGAUUACCUGAAUACCUUUUCAUUCAAUUCACAAAUUGUUAAAAAGAAAACCAGUGAGUCUUCGGGAGUGGUGUCGUUUCCGGAUCGAGUUGCCGAGGCAUUGUCCAGCCUAUCGGUCUCGGUCAACUUAGAUCAGUUGACAGUGCGAGCCAUUUCGCUCGAUUUAAGUCUACGCAGUUCCGUCAAACUCUACAUUGCAUUGGAUCAUUCCCCCCUCCGAUUGGACGCGUUUGAGCGCUCUUUAGUUCUAACGACGCCUUAUAAACUAGGCCAAACAUUGGCAAUGCAUUACGUUUCCAGUGCCCUCUUCAAAGCUGGCUGGGUCGUAGGGUCUAUGGAAUUGCUGGGUUCCCCAACCGCCUUGGCCCGUACUGUUACUAUUGGUUUAAAAGAUUUCGUUCGAUUACCAUACCAGGGUAUAUGGCGUGGCCCACGAGGUUUCAUUGCGGGAAUUUUUAACGGUUCUGCCUCUUUGGUGAGUCACGUUACGGCUGGAACAGUAACAUCAGUCACCCAGUUGGCAAGUAGCGUGGCUCGCAAUGUCGAUCGCCUAUCUUUCGAUUUGGAUUUCCAGCAACGAAGCGAAGAAGGAAGAAGAAAAAAACCGCAAGGUUUGGUCCAAGGAAUCGGUUGGGGCCUAAGCGCUUUGGGAUUGAGCUUACUAGGCGCUUUGGGUGGCUUGGCUCAUCAUCCACUUCAGUCACUGAUUGAUGACGGAACGGUUAGCCCUCGUGGUCUAGCCGUGGGUUUAACCAAAGGAAUUGUGGGUGUAGUAGCCAAACCAAUUUCGGGAGCUGCCGAUCUCGUCGCACAAACCGGUCAAGGUUUGUUGAGUGCAACCCAGUGGAAUGAACCAUUUCAUGCUCGACGACCACAGUUAUUGGGGACCAAUCAGCUUGAACUAAUAUGUUCUGGACCAGCAAAAAUAUUGUGGAAACUGAGUGACGAGAUGCCACCAUUGAUCGGACAUCAGACUAAAGCAAGUCGGAUUUGUUGCUGUUUGGAGGCCAUGAGAGCUCGUGUUAAUGAUGCUCUUCCAAUUCGCGAACAAUUAGCACCCGUAAUUUUACUCGUUUCAACCCAGAAUUUCUGCGUUCUGAAUGCUGAAGACGGAGAAGUCCAAGUGGUCCUUGACUUGAGCGAAGUCGACUGUUGGGCUCACGAAUCCGAUCCAACGGUCAUUCUGGUAAGACCUACUCCGUUGAGCACUCCGGCGGCCAUGGAACCUCGACGUGACGAUGAAUUCAAUCCUCACUACGACUAUCAGCGAGUCAGUGAGUUUGUCAGACUUACAACACCAUAUUUUCUGCAGGACGUUGCAGUGGAGACCAUUCAAGACGCUGCAGCCGUCUAUCAGACAUCUUCAAUAGCCACUAUGGAAUUUUUUCUCAAUCCCACUACCAAGGAUUUCUUUAUUCAAUGCUUUCAAAUGGCCAAACAGCAAAGAAAAGGAACUGGUUUUGCUCUUAUUUGAAUCGUUUUUUGGUUGCUAACUUGCCUUGGACCGCUCGCAAUUGUCAAACAAUUUUGUGUGUGUGAACAAUUGGGAAUUUGAAAAUUGUUAAACCUAUUUGUUGGUUAAUGCUGUUUGUGCUAUAUAUCUCUUUUCGUCACGUUGAUUUCUGUUGUUAUUUACUUAUCCCGAAAAGUGCCUCUUAAGGUUUUUUAAUAGUGUACGUCUUCAUUCGUUGUCGUUAGGGUAAUUCAAGAGUUAAUACAUCAAUCGGUUACAUAA